CUGUUUACGCAAAAUAUAAUGGCGCUGCCCACGUAUUUACGAAGUGCUCCUCUAUGUUGAGUAUUUUUUCCACAUUUAAGAGAAACAUUUGACUUAUUGGGAAAAAAACGACGAGUCAGAUAACUUUCCGGAACGCUCAGGUUCUUAAUAUUAUCAAACUGAAAUAAAGCAAUUGCAGUAUAAGUCAUAACACAGCGCUAUGUCUGGGUCAAAUGUUUGGCAUCGCAGCCGGGAGAAAUUGAGACGUUUUCCAGAAUUCUUUGCACAAUGUACGGAAGAGGCAGCAGCUUAUGGCAAAUGUGUGGCAGCUACCACAGCGAGCAAGCAGGAAUUGAAGAAGGACCAUUGUGCUAAAGAAUUUGCUGCCCUGAAAACGUGCUUUGCAAAUGCUGCCAAGAAAAAUUGCAAAUGACCAGGAAAUCUCUACUGGAUGCAAUUGGAGAAAUCAACUGAGAGAUGAACAAUGCUGCGAAAUCACAUCUGACAAGGAUCGUACUGAAUGUACGCGUCAUAAUACGCUCAAAAAGGACGGCUUAUCAUGUGGCAUUCAUGGAAAACUCACAAACAUUUCUAAAACAAUGUUAAUAAACUGAUUGAGUGGUGCGCAUAGCUGCCUCACA